AUGCCGCAUCAUGAAGACAACGACUUCUCCGCGCCUGCUGAAACGCACGAGUUCUCCGCUCUGCUUUUCGAUAUGGAUGGCACGAUAAUCGACAGCACAGACGCCAUCAUCAAACACUGGCAUCAACUCGGCGAAGAGAUCGGCGUCGACGGCAACGAGAUACUGAAGACGAGUCACGGAAGGAGGAGUAUCGAUGUGCUGAGACUACUGGCACCGGAGAAGGCGACCUGGGAUUAUGUCUGCCAAGCCGAAGGCCUCAUCCCUCAGAAAUGGGGUUCUUCAGCAGUCGAGAUACCUGGAAGUCGCAGUCUACUCGCUCGUCUUGAGUCCCUGAAAGCGCCAUGGGCGAUCGUCACAAGCGGCACGCAACCUCUUGUCUCCGGCUGGCUCGACGUAAUGAAAUUGUCUCGUCCAAAGGUGAUGGUCACGGCGGAGGAAGUCGCAUUGGGCAAGCCAGAUCCGGCUUGUUAUCGACUCGGAGCGGAGAGACUGGGAUUCGGAACGUUGAGUGAGGGAGAGGAGAUUUUGGUGCUGGAGGAUGCACCGGCGGGAGUCAUGGCGGGGAAGGCGGCUGGUUUUAAAGUUCUGGGUCUGGCGACGACGCAUACUGUGGAGCAGUUAAAGGAGGCAGGCGCGGACUGGAUUGUGAGGGAUCUCGAGAGUGUAAGUGCGGCCAAGGUCGAUGCGAAGACUGGGAAAGUGGAAGUUGAGAUCAGGGACGCGUUGGUCCGAUGA